AACCGUAAUUCUUUCCCUCCUUCGUGACCCGCCAACACCACUCGGGAAGACACUCAUUUUCACUCUCUUCUUCUAAACAAAAAUGGAACCUGGUGAACACUCACCUCCAACAUCACCGGAAACCGACCUAAUGGAAAUAAAAACGGAAAAAACACCAUACUCACCAUCAGAACCACCAAAAAUCCACCGUCUAGAUGAGUCCGUGGUCAACCGAAUCGCCGCCGGGGAAGUAAUUCAACGCCCUGUUUCAGCCAUCAAAGAACUAGUAGAAAACAGCCUCGACGCGCACUCUACCUCUAUAAACGUCGUUGUUAAAGACGGUGGCCUUAAACUCAUUCAAGUCUCCGAUGACGGCCACGGCAUUCGCCGUGAGGAUUUGCCUAUAUUAUGCGAGAGGCAUACAACGUCGAAGCUGACUAAUUACGAGGAUUUACAGUCGAUUAAGUCAAUGGGGUUCAGAGGAGAGGCAUUGGCCAGCAUGACUUAUGUAGGUCAUGUGACUGUCACUACUAUUACUCCAGGAAAAUUGCAUGGUUACAGGCGAAUAGACUAG